AUGGCCAUAACGCUAGCUGACUCCGACGAUUCGGGAUCUGAAUUACUUCCGGAAGGCUGGGGCCCAGGUAAUAUUUUGGGCGUCUUCCCUUGGGAACACAUUACCGGCGAGAGCAGAGCGUGGAUUCGCUACGUCGAGGCCAGAUACGGCUCCAACUUCAGAUGGUGCCGGCCCCGGGUAACUAACGGUAGUGACUCUCACUGGGAGGCCAUGGCUGCUUCCUCGAAGUUCGAGAAGGGAAUUUUCUACGACCUGGCCGGCCCCCCGCUGCGGCCUACAUAUCUUACCCGCAGCCCAAAUCCCACCGUUAUCAUGAAUAGAGACCCCGAGUGGUUCGUCCUGCCGUUCUUUUGCAGUCCCGACCGGUCAUUCUCUGAUUAUAUCGAACCAUUCGCCGCUUUCGAUCCCCGACCCAUGAUUUCCAAACGUCCCGAUUUGAACCCACAGCAACGAGAUGCAAACAUGCGGAACGCCUCGACUGCAACCAUGGUCUACCUCUACGGCCAGGUCCGGCUCGGCAACAAGCAAUGCCAGCGCUGCCGGCGCCGGAGGAUCACCACGAACAUACCCGCCGAGGCCAUCCCGGUGUGCGCCACCGCCGGGCGUUACUACCAUGGAAUUUGUGCCAACUGUCUGGCACUGGGCGGCACAAUAGACGACGCGUUGAGACGCUGCGAUGUGUCCAACCGGUUGAGCGACCAGGAAUACGACCAGCUGACUCGAGGGCUGGGCGAUCCGGGCUGGGUAGGGCGCUCACCGUUUAUCGGAGACAACGCGACUGACCUGGCCUUUGCCAGGAAUCUACUGUGGUGGAAAGUGACGGCCCGCUGCCAGAACCCCACACUAGGGAGAAAACGGGAUAAGGCCAGCGCUGGUAGCUCGAAUACGACAAAGGUUGGCGACCCAGUGGCAGCAUCUGGGAAACCACAACGUUGGGAUGGCCACCAGCCCGGUACCGUCCAGAAACCCGAGCGCAGCAAGUGGCUCGGUCAGGGCAGUAGUACGCAGGAUCGUCAGACAAGUCUCUUGCGGGACCACAGCAUUACCAAGAACCCCAGACACGGCAGGUUCAAAAAACGAAAACGGACAUGCUGGGAUGGCCAGUAG